GAGGGAUCAGGUAUUUGAGUGGCCAGGUUAACAUCAUCAAGAUUCCCUGCCCCCGUCUUCGUUUUCCAUUUCCACAGCCUGGAUGCCCCUAGCUUGCCUAGAAUCGCUCUUGGCAGCUGAGGUCAGUCCUCAGAUCCCGGAUAAUGGGAGUGCGCCUCUGCUCGUUGACGUGCAUGUGUUUGUGUCCAAUGUCUUCGAUGUGAACAUCUUGCAGUACACAGUGUCCUCUGCGCUGCUAUUGAGACUGUCGUGGUUCGACCCUCAUCUGUCGUGGCAUGAGACUACAGACCCACGGAGUUCCAUCACCUUGCCCUCAAACUUGCUGUGGACCCCGGACCUCACCAUCCGCGAAGGCCUCUCUGUAGAAUGGAGAGAGCACAAUCCACGGGCGCGGGUAAGCAGAAAGGGUUUUGUGGAGCUCUACACCGCGGUCACCACCAAGACGAACUGUGACUUUGAACUUCUCCGUUUCCCCAGUGACAAAAGCGACUGCAACCUCAGUUUCUAUGCUUUCAGCAACACAGUUGAAGAGUUGGCAUUUCACCCCCAUGCAGUGAAUGAGAUUGUGAGCGUAAAACGGGAAUAUAUGGUUCGAGGCUUAAAAGCUCAGGUCCCAGACCAGCAGCUGGUACCUUGCUUCCAGGUGACGCUAAGCCUAGAGAACACGGCUAUAAAGACAACAAUGGCUUUAGUGGUACCAGGGGUGGCAAUACUCCUCGCAGAUAUAUGCGGCAGCCUCCUGCCUCUGAAGGCUACUGAGCGUAUUUCUUACAAGGUGACACUGCUGCUUGGCUACCUUGUCUUCCAUUCAUCUCUGGUGCAGGCCCUUCCCAGCUCUUCCUCCUGUAAUCCUCUCCUGAUUUCCUACUUCACAGUGCUCCUGAUACUCCUCUCCCUCAGCACCAUGGAGACCGUGCUGAUGUCUGGCUUGCUGGCUCGAGGCAACUUCAGCCCAAAGAGCAGGCCAAACCCAGCUUCAAGAGAAGUGUUAGAUACUGCUAACCCAAAGCCCAGAUCUGAAGAGUCCCAAAGGAGAGUUGAGGGGCCAAGGAAGACUUGGGUUGAGGCUAUGGACCAUAUCUUCUUGCUGAUGUAUGCAGCCAUCAUCGGAUGCAGUCAAAUCAUCUUUGUCAUAGUUUGGGUCUGGUGGGAAUGCAAGUCUGACCCACCUCCUGCUACAGAUAUUCCCCAUGGAGGAAAACCUAAGAUCUAAAGGGCUAACACCAGAAAUUGGAUUCAAGAUUCUCAAGAACUAAGAGUCCAGACAAAUAAGAGCUCAGUUUUCCAAAGCUGAGGUCAAGAUUAUAUGACAAUGCCAGCUCUCUAACUCACUAGUCAGGGAUAUCCCUGGUCCUUUCCCUCUGUCAGCAUGCAAAUACUAGAAAAAUAAACCAUUCUGUUGAGACUGCAUUUAGCUCCAUGCUCUUGUGACUGUUCUCUCUUCAGGGCAGGCUUGGGUACCCCACAGACCUCCGUAGCUUUUCUUCUGCCCAUUUCUCUGUGAGCUCUGGACCACAUCUAGAGUAUCUAAGUAGGCCGAAAACGGACUCAGGUGGCAGGACUAAACAACCUAUCACAUGUUGGGGGUAGGUCACACAUUUCCGGUCCAGCCUUCCCUCUUCACAGGGCCUUUGCAAAAACUCUCCCAACCUGUUUCCAUGGCUUUUUUUGUCUAGACUCCUUUUUCUCCAAAGAAGAGCUCUCUACUGUGGUCACAUUAGCAACAGGAUCCUUGAUACUGCCAGACCAUUUUUUCCACCCCCACCUCUUCAUCCCUUUGUGUCCAAUCUGCCAG